GCGGCGUCGGCCCGCCGCCGCCGCCGCCGCCGCCGUCCCGGGGCCGCCGGAGCGGCCGCACCGGGCGAUGCGAUGACAACGUCCACCCUGCAGAAAGCCAUCGACCUGGUCACCAAAGCCACCGAGGAGGACAGGGCCAAGAACUACGAGGAGGCGCUGCGGCUGUACCAGCACGCCGUGGAGUACUUCCUGCACGCCAUCAAAUAUGAGGCUCACAGCGACAAGGCCAAGGAGAGCAUCCGAGCCAAGUGCGUGCAGUACCUGGACCGCGCCGAGAAGCUGAAGGAGUACCUGCGGGGCAAGGACAGGCACGGCAAGAGGCCUGUCAGAGAAGCACAGAAUGACAACAAGGGGAGUGACAGUGACAGCGAGGGCGAGAACCCUGAGAAGAAGAAGUUGCAGGAGCAGCUGAUGGGUGCCAUCAUGAUGGAGAAGCCCAACGUGCGGUGGAGCGACGUGGCCGGGCUGGAGGGAGCCAAGGAAGCCCUGAAGGAGGCUGUGAUCCUGCCCAUCAAAUUCCCCCACCUGUUCACAGGGAAGCGCACGCCCUGGCGCGGGAUCCUUCUCUUUGGGCCGCCUGGCACUGGCAAGUCCUACCUGGCCAAGGCCGUGGCCACCGAGGCCAACAACUCCACCUUCUUCUCUGUGUCAUCCUCUGACCUGACGUCGAAGUGGCUGGGGGAGAGUGAGAAGCUGGUGAAGAACUUGUUUGAGCUGGCGAGGCAGCACAAGCCCUCCAUCAUCUUCAUCGAUGAGGUGGACUCACUGUGUGGCUCCCGCAACGAGAACGAGAGCGAGGCGGCCCGGCGCAUCAAGACCGAGUUCCUGGUGCAGAUGCAGGGUGUGGGAAACAGCAGCGACGGGAUCCUGGUGCUGGGUGCCACCAACAUCCCCUGGGUGCUGGACUCGGCCAUCAGGAGAAGGUUCGAGAAGAGGAUCUACAUCCCCUUGCCCGAGGAGGCGGCGCGGGCGCAGAUGUUCCGGCUGCACCUGGGGAACACCCCGCACUCCCUGACGGACGCCAACAUCCAGGAGCUGGCCCGCAAGACCGACGGCUACUCGGGGGCCGACAUCAGCAUCAUCGUGCGGGAUGCCCUGAUGCAGCCCGUGCGCAAGGUGCAAUCCGCCACGCACUUCAAGAAGGUCCGUGGCCCCUCCCGCACCACCCCCGGUGCUAUCGUGGAUGAUCUCCUGACGCCGUGCUCGCCCGGUGACCCUGGGGCCACCGAGAUGACCUGGAUGGAGGUGCCCAGUGACAAGCUGAUGGAGCCCGUUGUCUGCAUGUCAGACAUGCUGCGCUCGCUGGCCACCACCCGCCCCACCGUCAAUGCCGAGGAUCUCCUCAAAGUGAAGAAAUUCACGGAGGACUUUGGACAGGAAGGUUGAGGGGGGCAUGGGGGCGGUGGGGCUGGGGCAGCUGCAGGCCCUGCUGUGCCCCCUCCCCGGCCGUGCCAAACCGACUCGUGUUCGCUCACUCCUGCCCCACUGCACUGCGGGGACACGGCCCGGGGGUCACACUACGGGGGGUGGGUCUGAGCAUGGCCUGGGCGGCCGGGUCUCUCCCUGGCUGCACUCCACUCUUCUUCCUGCUCUUUUUUUAUUUUUUAACUUAAUGCUGCUUUGGGUUCUGUCUUGUUUAUAUGAAAAUAAAAACAAUCUGAGUGCUUCA